AUGAAUUGUCUUUUCUGGAACAUUCGGGGAAUUGGGAAAGGGGAAAAAACUCUAUCAAUUAGAUCUCUUGUUAAGAAGAAAAAUGUGUCAUUCAUGGGUUUAGCAGAAACAAAACAUCGAAAACCUUUUCAGUCCAGACUAAAAAGGUUAUGGGGGAAUGAUGACUAUGAUUACUUCAAACAUACGGGAAGUAGAUGGAUCCUCAUAGAAGGGCGGAUCAAUAGCCAAAACUUCGAGUGCUGCAUAGGGGUCAUCUACGGGCACAAUGAUAGACUUAGUAGAUUGAUGAUGUUUGAGGAGCUCAAAGUGAAGGCGGGGUCUAUAAACAAACCAAUCCUUGUCCUUGGAGACUUCAAUGUUACAAUACACUCAGGGGAAAGAACAGGAGCCGUCACAUGUAUCCGUAGUAUGAGGGAUUUCUCCAAGUGGAUAAAUGAUUUAAGGUUACUUGAUAUUCCGCUUCAUGGGGUGAGGUUUACAUGGAGAAGAAAUGAGUCCAAAAGCAGGCUGGAUAGAGCCUUAUGUGACAAUGAAUGGUUGACAAGAUUCCCAAACAUGAACUUGAUGGGCCUAAGUAGAAGUUUCUCAGACCAUAAUCCCCUGCUCCUGGUGUUGGAAGUGUGCAAUGACUGGGGCCCGAAACCCUUCAGAUGUUAUGAUGCUUGGUUCCUGCACCCGAAUUUCAAAAACUUCAUCAUCAACGAAUGGCAUAGAGCUCCUAAUGUACCACUACACACCAAGUUAAAAAUUCUGAAGACCCCUCUAAGAACCUAG